ACGGGCUAGUAAUAGUACACCUUCCAUGCAUACAUACUUCCCCGGACCGGGCGGGCCAAACACCGCAUACAAAAGGCAAGGCACGCGGCGUGCGUAGACUCGGAACGAUCGAACGAACCGCACGCUUCACGCGCGCGCGCGAGAGAGACCCAGCUCGAUCGCUUCGUCAUCGAGCCCAGCGGACGCGGGCACACACAAAAACGGAGAAGAGAGAUACAGAGACGCCUUGAAUCCUUGUUCGCGCACGGCGGUUGCCAAGAGGCGCCCCCCGUUGGUUUCCCGGGCGGGCGGGGGGGGGAUCCUAUUCUUAGGCGCCCCGCCGAACAAAACCCGGCGCGGCCUCAGCGUGGCCGCACGCGCCCCGGGCUCCCUCCUGCCACGCUAUGGCCGCGGCGGCCGCCACGCCCUCAUCAUCGUCCGCGGCAGCCACAGCAUCCUGCUCCUCCUCCUCCAGCCCCGGCCCGCACCGCAGGCGCCUCAACGACAUCGACGAGCACUCCUGCUGCGGCCAGGACCACCACUUGAUCUUCCCCUGCGACGACGACGCCGAGGGCGGCCCCGGCCCCGGCCACGGCCACGGCCACGCCGCGACCGGCAUCAGGUCCUCUUUGUUGGCGCGGCGGAACAACAACAACAACAACAAGCGCGGGCCCGCGGCAGGCGCGGCCGCCUGGAUGAGGCUCGUGGUUCUGUGCCUGCUGGGCCUCGUCGCGCUCGUCGGCUUCCUCGGCUCCUACCACGGCCGCGGCGGUUCCAACGGGGCAGGCUCUGGCGGCGAAGGGGGGGAAGAAGGCGGCGGCAGGCUCGUGCAGAGAGUGGAAGUGGCCGACGCCGACAUCGUCAUGGGGUGGACGGCCGAGAACCUCACGGCCAUCACGCGCCGCCCGCCCGACCCUCCGAUACCAGAGAUAUGGAUGAAACCAGACAAUGGGGGUUACAGCCAGUGCAUUGAACGUCCAAAGAAUCAGCGCAGGACUAACAAUGCAACUGUUGGUUAUCUAAUUGUUGAUGCAAACGGUGGACUGAACCAGAUGAGAAUGGGAAUAAGUGAUAUGGUUGCAGUGGCAAAGAUCAUGAACGCAUCACUAGUAAUCCCCACUCUGGAUCAUCAGUCAUUCUGGACUGAUCCAAGUGACUUCAAGGAUAUAUUCGACGUCGAUCGCUUCAAGGAGACAUUAAAAGAGGACAUUGUGACUGUAGAUUCCCUACCUCCAGUUUAUAAGAGGGUGAAACCCUACGUGAGAGCACCCACCUCCUGGUCCAGGGCUUCCUUUUACAGAGAUUUCUCAAGGAUACUGAAGAAGUUCAAGGUAGUGAGGUUUACCCAUACGGAUUCACGAAUUGUGAACAACGGCCUUGCUCCUUCUCUCCAACGGCUUCGCUGCCGUGCCAACUACAAAGCGCUUCAGUACAGGAAAGAGAUAGAAGAGCUCGGUACCACCCUAGUGAAGAGACUGAAAGCUGGAUCAGACCACUACAUCGCACUUCACCUAAGAUACGAGAAGGACAUGCUGUCCUUCACCGGCUGCAACCACAACCUGACGCUUCACGAGGCAGAUGAACUGACUGAUAUGCGGCUCAAAGUGAGGCACUGGAAGGAGAAGGAGAUCAACAGCGAGGAGAAGCGUCUCCAGGGUGGCUGUCCCAUGACACCUCGCGAAGCUGCUGUGUUCCUCAAAGCCAUGGGAUAUCCUUCCACUACAAAGAUAUACAUCGUGGCAGGCGAGAUAUACGGGGCGCACAGCAUGGACGCGCUGAAAGCUGAAUACCCAAACAUUUACACUCACUACAGCCUAGCCACGGUAGAUGAACUAGAGCCGCUCGAGUUGUACCAGAACAGACUAGCUGCUGUGGAUUAUAUCGUGGCCCUGCAGAGUGAUGUGUUUGUGUAUACAUACGAUGGAAACAUGGCAAGAGCAGUGCAGGGUCACCGAAGAUUCGAAGGAUUCAGGAAAACUAUAAACCCCGACAGGCUGAAGUUUGUGGAGCUGAUUGAUAAGCUCGACGAGGGUUCCAUAACCUGGGGUGAAUUCCAAAGUGAAGUGAAGAAGCAUCAUGAAAAUAGACUUGGAGGUCCAUAUGACAGAGUACCUGGUGAGAGUCCAAGGCAGGAAGAAUACUUUUACUCAAAUCCUAUCCCUGGAUGCCUGUGCAAAAAGGUGCAGAGAGUAAAGUGAAACAUAUAUAUCUCAAAAGGGAAAUGGUUCAGUUUUCAGGCACACUGCUGCCAGCUUGGCAUCAGGUGUAACAUGGAUGGAGAUGACACUUCCUCCACAUGACAGAGAUGGCCAAUUAGACAGGAUCCUAGCAAACUGAGGCCAGCCAUUUUGAUUAUUUCCUGGGCUGACUACACAUGUAGUUGAGAGCAUGGAGCCAAGAAAUCACAAGGAACGAUGGAAGGAGAACAGAGAUGUUGAAGCACUUGAAGGAUCAAUAUACCAUCAGUUAUAGGAACGGCCACAGUGGAAACUCUUCACUAAAGCUGCUUGUAGUUAGGCCAUAAACUUGCCUCGUGUUCUUGAUUGUUUCAGAUUCGUUGUAGGAGUGACACCGCUGGAUGGAUUCAUAAGAAUAAUGCAUCCUGCUGCGAUUGCCGGCUGUAGAAAAAGCUGCUACCAGUGUAUAAUCACAAUUGACAAAUGGAGUAUUUUUGUAGUUAGUUCACAGCAAUAAAAUCUUACUAACAUA